UUCUGCCUUAAAGUUAAAACCACCAGCACAAACUGAUGUUCAGUGACGCAGAGCGAGUCCCUAGGCGCACGCAGCACUCUGUUUCCAAGCUAUGAUUUCCACCACGCGCCUCCUCUGAAAAACAUGGCGCCAACAAACAGCUGUGCAGUCCUCGCAAGAGGAACAGCAUAACUACUACUUCGGUGCGAGGAAAUGGGUGAAAUGUGUAUUUAUGUUAUUCAGGAGCAUUUUGACUGUGUGCCUUUUCCGAACUGUGAUGCCAUCUACACAUUUUACCAAAGACAAUUGAGACAAGAGUCUAACUUCAGCAUCAGUUCUGUGCCCGAGGGACUGACAGGUUGAACGAGAGAGCACACCUGCUUCACCGUAACGACGAGACCCCGGGAAAAAAUCUUUCAUUUUUAGUUUCUCAUGGCGGCUUUACUGGAAUUUGCUUACUUUUAGACAAGGACAUUCUGGUCACGACGCUGCAAACAUCAUAUCCACAAACUCAUCAUUUGAAGGACGGCGGCGAAAGGGUUAACAACAGACAGUUUACAGAGAUUUUAUAAUUCGGUUGAAAUGAAUGAAGACGGAUUACUGGAGGAUGACAGGAGCAGAGAGAAACUUCCUCCUAUUUAUACGUCAUCUUCAAUGGGCUUUGGUCAUGGCCUGAAGAAGGUAUACCCCUGCCUCAGCGGCUUCACCACUGGCAUGAACCACCGCAGGCCCAAUACUCUCUGCUCUCGCUUUAGUACUGAGUUGCCUCCACUGUGCGUUGCUGUGCGUCAGAAGCAUCGUGUGUCCCUGGACACGCUUCCCCAGGAGGUGAAGGCCCCUUUCCCCAUGGACCCCGUCAUCCCACUACGCACCAAAACCCCACGCCAGUUCCAGGAAGACGUGGAUAGAGCGCUGGUGUCGGGAGACUGGAAACAGGUGCGGGAGUUUUACCUCACCACCUUCGAGUCCUUCCUGGAGCUGAAUGCUGCUUUUAAGAGAGAGGCCAACGCCCCAUUCAACACUAUUGAGGACCCUGGGAUCAAUUUCAAGUUCCUCAACACAGUUUUCGACGCCUUGCCACAGACUCCCCCAGAUAUCCAGAAGUCUGUUCUGAAAGGGAUCAUUAACAGCUUGCUGAGGGAGUGGAAAGGGCCUCGGACGAAAGAUGACCUGCGAGCAUACUUCAUCCUUGUGCAGAACCCCCAGUACUCUCACACCCAUGCGUAUGUGAUCUACGCUCACCUGCUGAGGCAGAUCGCCUCCCUGUCCGAGACAGACCAUCACUUCCUGCUGCACUGGUUCAAGAAACUGUCACCACGGAGAUUCAAACAGCUGCUGGAGCGCCUGCUCCAGUUCGUCUCCACGCGCCUGUUUCCUGCCGCACCCGACGACCUUCCUCCAAUCAGCAAGUGCUCCUGGUGGAUCCCCUCGGCAACCAGAGUACUCGCCCUCCUCAAUGCGGCCAACAGCCUGUCCUCCCCGCCCAUCGUCUCCUAUACGGACUUCUACAACAUCGCCCUGGACCACAUCGACAUCAUGGCGGAAUACAGGACCUGGCAGUGCAAUGGCAACUCCAGCAAGUUCUCCUUCUGCCAAUUUCCUUUCAUUCUGUCAGCAGCAGUGAAGAAAGCUAUCAUCCAGAGAGACUCAGAACAGCAGAUGAUCAGCAUAGCCAGGCAAAGCCUGGUGGAUAAGGUGUCUCGCAGGCAGAGAGUGGACAUGAACCUCCUCUUCCUCAACAUCAGAGUACGCCGCACUCAGCUGCUACAGGACUCACUGGAUGAGCUGAGCAGGAAGAGGGCGGAGCUAAAGAAGAAGCUGAGGGUGACGUUUGUGGGUGAGGCGGGGCUGGAUAUGGGCGGGCUCACCAAGGAGUGGUUCCUCCUACUCGUCAGACAGAUCUUCCACACAGACUACGGCAUGUUUACAUAUCUGAAGGAUUCCUAUUGCCACUGGUUCAGCAGCUGGAAGAGUGACAACCUCUCAGAGUUCCAGUUGGUCGGCACGCUGAUGGGGUUGGCUGUGUACAACAGCAUUGCCCUGGACAUCCACUUCCCUCCCUGCUGCUACAAGAAGCUCCUGUCCCCGCCCGUGGUACCAUGUGACCAGAACACUCCUGUUGGCAUGGCGACGCUGGGCCUGGAGGACUUGCAGCAGGUGAUGCCUGAUCUUGCUCAUGGACUCGGUGAGCUGCUCAGCUAUGAGGGGAAUGUGGAAGAGGAUCUUUACUUGUCCUUCCAGAUUUUUCAGGAGGAGAUGGGGAUCGUGAAGGCGUACAACUUGAAGCCAGGUGGCGAUAAGAUCCCUGUCACAAAGCUCAACCGAAAAGAGUAUGUGCAGCUGUACGUGGAUUUCCUGCUCAACAAGAGCAUUUAUAAGCAGUUUGCCGCCUUCUAUUACGGCUUCCACGGGGUGUGUGCGUCAGACGCGCUGAUGCUGCUGCGUCCAGAGGAAGUAGAGGUCCUGGUGUGUGGUAGUCUGGAUCUGGACAUGGCAGCACUGCAGAAGGAGGUCCAGUACGAGGGAUACACCAGAACGGACACCACCAUCCGGUGUUUCUGGGAGGUGGUGUUGUCCUUCCCCGUGGAGCUGCAGAGGCGGCUGCUGCACUUCGCCACAGGAAGUGACCGUGUGCCCGUGGGUGGCAUGGCGCACCUCAACUUCAAGAUCUCUAAGAUAGACGUCUCCACAGACUGGUUACCCAUCUCCCAUACCUGUUUCAACCAGAUCUGCCUUCCUCCAUACAGGAGCAGGAAAGAGCUGAAGCACAAACUCACCAUCGCCAUCUCCAACGCAGAGGGCUUUGGACUGGAAUAACAAGUGUGUGUGUGUGUGUGCGUGUGCGUGUGCGUGUGUCUGUCUGUCUGUCUGUCUGUCUGUCUGUCUGUCUGUCUGUCUGUCUGUCUGUCUGUCUGUCUGUCUGUCUGUCUGUCUGUCUGUCUGUCUGUGUGCUUGUCCUUCUGUAGGUUGUCUGUCUACAUACAGUGUGUAUACUAUAUUGCAGGGUUAGGGAAUACAUGCAUAUCUAUAUUAUACAGUUGUGUGUCAGUUCCAUGAUAUCAGACUUGACUUUGCAUUGUAAUUUGUUUCCGGAUCGGCCAGUGCACUUUAAAAACAUACAGUGUCUUAGGAGAUGUUAUGUAAUAGCUUAGGUUUGGUUGGUCGAGCUUGUAACCCUGAAGGGUAAACUCUGAGGUUUCACAAUUAGGGUAAACAUCCCUUGUGACCCACUUUACUGAAACUUGGACACUAGGGUUGGACUGACCAUCCAAACAAAAUCUUCAACUUUACCCUUUAUUGCACAAAGGUAGGAGAUGGGGGUGUGCACGAACUACAAAUUAAGAGCUUUGUGGAAAAAUCCAUUUUGCAACAUUUGGGAAGAUUGACAUUUUGCAUUGGGCAUUGCAUUGCAUCGCAAAAUGCCUUUUGUAUAGGUUUAAAAAAAGUAUGUUCUCAAAACCUUUGAAUGGCAAUAAUUCCCAAAUAGAUGAUAGGAUGUCUGAACAGUCAUUUCCAAUAAGAAAAUGCAGAAAUGAAAAUGCAACAAAACUCUUCAAAUGCAGACCAACACACACACACACACACACACACACACACACACACACACACACACACACACACACACACA